AUGCUUCAAAAUUUUAAGGUAUAAGUAUUUAAAUAUGAAACUGUUACUAUUGAUCCCAAGGCAAUUUCUUAAAUUAAGAAUUAGCCAUUCUAUGAGGCUGUGAUAUGGAGAACUAAUGUUGAAGAAGUUUUAAAUAAAAUUCCUUAGUUCUUUGUAUAUAUAUCACUAUUUAAUAAUGAAUUUGAUAUGAUAUGGUUUAUGUCUUUUAUUUAAUAGCUAAAAGAAAGUGUAUCGGCAAUAAUAAAUAUACUCGAAGUUGUUAUUAAAGAUUAUUUUAUUCCAGAUUUAAUUUUAGGAUCAGUUUCAAUUGAUUAAUUCUUUUAAUCAAUGUUGUAUUUGAACUCAAUAUCUAAUUAAAUAUUAUUGAAAUAUCCUAAAUCUUUCUAGAUUAUCUCAAAAGUAUAAGAAUAAUAUUUAAGAGAAAAAUAAACUUUUAAAAUUAAUUUGAAAACCUUAAAUUUUUCUAAUUAUAAAGAUUUAAAGAUGUUAGCUUAAUUUAGAUAUGUGCUUACUACAAUAAAAAAUAUUUAAAAAUUGAUUAAGCAUAAACCCUUUUUUCUAUGAGAUCUGAAUUAAACGAUCUUAUUAGAUGUUUAAAAUUCAGUUCAAUAUUUUAAUUAAAAUUGAAUUUCUAUUUUGACGAAUUAGUUCCUACCAUAAUUCCAUAUAUUAACACAGUUAUUAGAAAUUGCCCAAAAUAAUUACAAUUCUUAUAAAUCUAAGUAGAAGCUAAUAGUGUAGAAUAAAUGAAAAUUGUUGUUGAAAGAAAGGAUGUUCUAACAGCCUUUUCUAAUUCAUUUUUAUAAAUUAUACAAUAAUACAAAGAUAGAUCUUUAGUUAUUCAAAAUCAAAUUUGAAUAUAGAUAAGAAUUUUUUUAAUUUAGAUCGCUACGAUUUUGAUUAAUUAUAUUUUGAAGUUUCUGGUAAUCUUAAUUUAAAUAAUUGCCAUUAAUUAUUUGAAUAAUUCACUUAGUUCAAAGUUUUCAAGGCAUCUAUUCUAAAUAAUACAGCCAUAUAGACUUUUUAAUUUUCAAGCAAUUUAAAAAGUUAACAAUUAGAAAUUCUGGAUAUUACUUUUGAAAAUAUUUAAUUAGAUUUUUAAUAAUUCCCUUUUAAUUAACUCAAUACAUGGUUUUGA